UGUUUGUAGUAUUAGGGUUUUCUCAAAUGUCUCUCUUAUAAGCUCUGUUACUUUAGGUUUUUAUUAAAGGUUUUGCGGCAGUGGAAGACGACGGCACGAGCUUCACCGAAGAGCGAAAAUGGUGAACAUUCCGAAAACUAAGAACACUUACUGCAAGAACAAGGAGUGCAAGAAGCAUACCUUGCACAAGGUGACGCAGUAUAAGAAAGGUAAAGAUAGCCUUGCUGCCCAAGGAAAGCGUCGUUAUGAUCGUAAACAAUCUGGUUAUGGAGGUCAGACCAAGCCCGUCUUCCACAAGAAGGCUAAGACAACUAAGAAGAUUGUGCUGAGGCUUCAAUGCCAAAGCUGCAAGCAUUUCUCGCAACGCCCGAUUAAGAGGUGCAAGCACUUUGAGAUCGGUGGAGACAAGAAGGGAAAGGGAACAUCUCUCUUUUAAGUUGUUGUUUCAUCUAUCUACUUUUUUUUGUUUUGUUUGGUACCUGUCCUGCUUCAAUACUGUGAUAUACUUUGAAUCUACCAGAAAUGGUCCUGGUUUUUAAUUUAAAUAGGACUUGGUCUUAUGGAUGUCUUUUAAUUUGGUUAACCAAUCUUUCUUCAUUAGGCUGCCCUUGAGUAUUCUCUAUAACUUGCGACAAAGUAGACAUAACACUCUUUAAGUUCUAAAAACCACUUUCUAUUUUCGGAUCUCGA